AUGGCGAGCGAGGCACCGGCGGCGCCGGCGGCGCUGCCGCGGGAGCAGCAGGAGCAGCAGGAGCCGACCACCACCCACACGUACAAGUCGGGGGCGGUGUACGAGGGGACGUUCGCCGGCACGAAGCGGCACGGGCGCGGCCACUGGCACCACCCGCAGGGCGAGACGUACGAGGGCGAGUACGUCGACAACAGGCAGGAGGGACUCGGCAUCUACCGCUUCGAUGGCCCGUGCAAGUGCUACAUAGGCCACUGGCGGGCAGGGGAGAUGGACGGCGCCGGGGUGUACUACUUCACGCCGGACCGCGGCACCUACUACGUCGGCGGCUACGCGCGGGACAAGAAGCACGGCCGGGGGCUGUACUGCUACGAGAACGGCGUCGUCACCGCCCAGGUGUGGGAGCAGGGGGUGCUGCGGCGCGAGGAGGAGGCCACGCCGCUGCAGCGGGUCAACGGGGAGCUGCAGGUGGAGGAGCUCAUCGCCGCGGUGCGCCGCGUGGCGCCGCGCGAGCUCGGCGCGCCGCCGCCGCCGUCGGAGGUGCGCACCUUCCAGUUCCCCUCCGGCGCCACCUACACGGGGCAGUACCACGGCACCAAGAAGCACGGCGUCGGCUACUGGGUGCACCCCGAGGGCGACAGCUACGACGGCGAGUUCGAGCAAAACCGGCACAGCGGCUGGGGCGUCUACGUGAUCGGCAAGAGCGGGAAGAAGUACGUGGGGCACUGGCGCGACGGCAAGAUGCACGGCGUGGGGGUCUACUACUUCAACGCGGCGGAGACGGAGUACUUCGUUGGCACCUACAAGGAGGACGUGAAGCACGGCUGCGGCCUCUACCACUUCGCCGAGCGCGGCAACAACAAGCUGCAGCUGUGGGAGAACGGCAGCCUGCGGAAGGAGACCGAGGCGGAUGAGGCGGUGGUGCAGGAGUACGGCGCGGCGAAGCAGAAGAUUAUCGAGGUGGUGCGGCGCUUCGUCACGCACUACAAACCGCGCCUCGCCCCGUAG